CAAGAGCACAGGAGCACAAGAGCACAGGAGCACAGCCUUCACCUUCUGUCGCUGAUGUAAACAAUCUCUGUGAAGCCCAGGCUCAUCAGGCUAACUGUUACUUUACGGCAUUUAGAACGUUAGAGGAAGGCAGUGUGUAGUGAGUGAAGUGUAAACAAGGAGAGCUGCUCUUACUGACCUGGGUGAAGUGGAAGAUAGACGUGGUGACUGGGACUCGUGACAUCGCUCUUCGCUCCCCAUGGAGCGGUACACGCCGGCCUCGAACACUCAACACUGACAAUCUGAGAGGAUUUCUCACCUCUAAACUGUCAUUCAUUCAUCAACCACAUAGAGAGAGAGAGAGAGAGAGAGAGAGAGACAGACAGACAGAGAGAGAGAGAGAGAUGGGCUUUUAACACACAGACGUACCAUCUCAUGAUGUGAAGCCACACUGCUGACUCCUGGGUAAUUGUCUGAAUAUUGGUGCCUGCAUGCCGGCAUCGCCCUCACACUCCAUCGUGCAGAAUGGCAUCGAACGAGAGACUGUACGAGGUCUGGAUGUUGUACUGCAACAAGAGAGAUCCUGAUUAUCUGAAGCUGUGGUUGGAGAUUUUCAUCGGCUCAUACGAUCGCAGUCUGGAUGUGGACUUUGAGAAACAGCCGAUCAGGGUGGAGGAGGUGCCCCCGGUCCUGUCUCUGCUCCCUGAUAACAUCCUGCAGGUUUUGCGUGUUCAGCUUCUACAGUGCGUUCAGAAAGCUUCGAUCGGACUCGAGCAGGAACAGCAACACCUCUCUCUGCUGCUCCUCAAGUUCCUCAUCAUCAUCUGCAGGAACCUGUCUAAUGUGGAAGAAAUCGGCACCUGCUCCUACAUCAAUCAAAUCAUCACCAUGACGACGCUCUACAUCCAGCAGCUGAAGAGUAAGACUAAAGAGAAGGAGCUGGUGGAUCAGACACAGGCUGAGGAGUUUGUGAGACAUGCGCUGGCUUUCUGCGAGUGUCUGUAUGAUCCAUACCACAACUGGAGACACCGCAUACACGGGCAGCAGAUUAGCACCGUGGAGAAGAGCAGGCAGAAGUUUAAAGCAGCUCCUCUCACUGUUGAAUUUGUUCCUUUUUUCUACCAGUGUUUUCAGGAGAGUGAGCAUCUGAAGGACAGUCUGAAGUGUUGUCUCCUCCACCUGUUUGGAUCCAUAGUUGCAGGUGGACAGCGUAACGCUCUCCUGGCCAUCUCCCCCGCCACCAUGGAGGUAUUGUUGGGUGUACUAGGUGCUGGGGGAAGCAUAGGGGACGGAGAGGAUUGGGACGGAGCCGGCCCAGAUCAGAAGGCGGUGCUCACUCUGUGCUGUCUGAGGGAAGUAGUGCACAGCCUGCUGGCCAGCAGCUCCGAUCAGAGACAGGUGGAGAUCAGCACCGUGCUCGACAGCUACUUCAAACUGCUCAACUACGACCCCAACACCGCUGGGGUCAAAGGUCACCCAGCCCCGCCCCGUUCCCAGCAUUGGGAGAGCCGGUUGGUGGCGCUGCAGGUGAACAUGCUCGACACGAUACAGGACAUGUUUGAUUGUUCUGACCGUCCCGUUCUUCAGGCCAUCUUCCUCAACAGCAACUGUUUUGAACACCUGACUCGCCUCUUACAGAACAGCAAGCUGGUAAACGUUAGGUUCGCCGCAGCAGACAAAGAGCAGAAAGAUUUAACCAACAGAUUACUGACAGGAGAGAUUGAAAGCCAGGUCUUUGAAGGCAGGCUGGACUCUCUCGCCGUGGCAACAAUCAAAACCCUCACCACGGUGAUGCACAAAUCGCCAGCCGCCAAGGAAGUGUUUAAGGAGCGGAUUGGCUACACCCACCUGUGCGAGGUGCUCGUGUCUCUGGGACAGCCAUCCAGGAACCUGCUGAAGGAGCUCAUGAACAUGGCGGUGGAGGGCGAUCACUCUUCGGUGGGUUUUUUGGGGAUCAGUAACGUGGAGCCGCUCCUCCUCCUGAUCCGCUGGCUGCCGGAACUCAACUCGUCCGAGCUUCAGAUCUUCGUGGCCGAUCGUCUACGGAGGAUCUGUGCCUUAAACCGACGCACAAGGGCCGCCUGUGUCAACGCACGCAUGCCAGAGUGUGUUCUGUCCACACUCGAGACAGACACUAGUCUGCCACGUGUAUGUGCAGAGAGCCUUCUGGCUCUUCUGGGUGCUCUGGGGGCGGAGUCUCUGAGCGGUGCAGAGCUCCAGCGGCUUCUGAGCCUUCUGAGGAACCCUGAGAACCGCCCUCAUCCUUACACCGAGCCGGUGCUGCGUUCACUGCUCGCCAUGCUUCGGAAACACACGCUCCACAGCGCAACACACUACUUCGAUCUGACCCCACCCAUGGCAGGCAUUGCUGUGCCCAGCAUUUCCAGGUGGCCAGGCUCGGCCUUUUGCUUCUUGGCUUGGCUGUCGCUGGAUCAGGACCAAUUGGACCCAGCGGGCAAGGGCGAAAAGAGAAAGCAGUUGUACAGUUUCUUUACACCAGGAGGUACAGGGUUUGAGGCCUUUAUAAGCUCCUCCGGCUCUCUGGUGGUGGCGGUGUGCAGUAAAAAGGAAUAUGUGACCGUCACACUGCCUGAUUACUGCUUCUGUGACUCACUGUGGCAUUAUAUUGGAGUGGUGCAUGUUCCAGGGAAGAGACCGUUCGGACAGAGUCUCGUCUACAUCUACGUGGACGGGCAGCUGAAGUUGUCCGCACCGCUUAAGUACCCCAACAUGGCUGAGGUGUUCACGUCAUGCUGUAUCGGCUCAGCAGGUCAGCGCACCACCACCCCUCCACCGUCUCAGAUCGCUGACCCCCCACCAUCCCGCACGUCCAUGUGGGGGGGACUGUCCAGGCUGGCUCAGAUUUCCCCAGGGACGCAGGACAGUGAGUGGGGACGACCCACGUCACUGCAGGGACACCUGAGCACUGUGAUGGUGUUUAGUGAUGCUCUGAACACUAAUACCAUCAGAGCUCUGUACAACACAGGCCCAAACUGCAUUUCUCCCUUUAAAAGCCAGGAGGCGGAGCUUGGUGACAUCAGCACCAAACUCCUCCUACACUAUUCACCCAAGGCCUGUAAGAACCCCAUCUGUGUGGACUUGUCCCCUAAUCUACUGCACGGACGACUGACCGGGAAUAAGGUGGUGAACUGGGACGUCAAGGACAUCAUUAACUGUAUUGGAGGACUUCCUGUGCUUUUCCCCAUUCUGGAGCAGCUGACCUUGUUAACCCCUGGACAGCAUACUGGUUUCUCAGGGUCAGAGAGCAUGACCCCUGAGUCGGUCACGCCCCCUGAUGGAGACUGGGUCAUUCUGCCAUCCAACAGAGCCUCAGAGGCCCGUUUAGAGAAGAAUCUUGUUGCGACCUUCCUGUUAGUGUUGAAGCACUUUCUGCACAGACACACAAUAAACCAGGAGAUGCUGCUGCACACACAUGGAGUGGCCACCCUCGCCGCUCUGCUGCAGAAGCUGCCUGCUUUUCUGAUGGACGUGAGUGUGUUGGUUGCCGUACAGCUGCUGAUUGAGCAGGUGACAUACGAUAAGAAUCUCCACCUCCUGCAACAGCUGCACACACACCUGCUGUUCAACUUCAACAUCUGGAACCAAGGAGACUUUCCCCUGCGCAUUGGUCAUAUCCAGUACAUGUCUACAGUUGUCAAAGACAACAGAAAGCAGUUCAGGAAAAAAUACGGCGUUCAGUUCCUGCUCGACACGAUCCGCCUUUACUACAGCAGCGGGAAUCACGAGGGCGACAUGAGCGAGGAUGACGUCCGCACCAUCAGAGCGUCCCUUUGUGGCCUUCUCAAGUAUUACAUCAGCAAAGGCACCAGUCAGGAGGAGAUCCACAGCAUUCUGGGAUACGUUGCUGCUAUCUGGGAUGAAGAGCAUUUGUGUAGUAUCUUUGAGCUACUGCUGAAUCUUCUCCAGACGAGUGCAUCAUGUGAUCAGCUUUUCUUGCUGCUGUUUGAACCAGGAAUGGCCGAUUCCUGCUACGCCCUGCUGCUCAACCACAAACACUCUGAUCGCCUCCGAGAGCUCAUUUUCAAGCUGUUUGAGCGCAUGCUGAGGUGUGACCGUGUUUAUGAGAAGAGUAAGCAAAGGCUAAGACUGAGAGAAGUGGGCUACUCCGGCCUCACACUCCUCAUACCUGACCUUCACAUCACCCCAACCCUCGUCAAGUGCCUCCUAAACCAAAUCCUCCACACAGACACUGCGGUGAACUUUAAGGAUCUGAUGGCUCUUGUGCAGCUGACUCAUCGGGCCGAUCUGAGUGUGCGCAUGCUCGUCUGCAAGAGGUUAUAUUCCCUGGUGCAGUCCCAGGCAGAUGCAGCACUGCAGAUUUCCCGUCAGCCAUGUUGGCAGGACACACUAAUCCGUGUGUUGGUGCGUAGCUGCAGCGGUGACUCUGGGUCCAGUUCAGGGCGGGGCGACACGGCCAGUCUGGGCAGCGUCGGCUCAAGUCGGGCAGAACUUCCUGUAAGUGUGGAGAGUCUGGAGGAGAACGGUGAAGUGUUGUCUCUGACUGAAACACCCAGUGAGACCUCACAGAGCGGGGGGCUGAGACUGGACCUGAGCCAGGUUCACGCGCUCGAGCAGGGAGACAGCGGGAGUCGGACUCCCUCACCACUGGAAAACACCAAGCCUUUUCCUGGUACAGCACCUGAACGAGAAACCACUUCCUCUCUAGGAGACGACAGCUUCCUGUUCAACGAUAACGUCUCUCUGGGAGACUCUUUUAGCAGCACAGAGCGCACAGAGGAGGAGCUGGGGCGGAUGAUGUUAGAGAUAGUGCUGUGUGUAAUGUGGAAGGGAGUCUCUGGCUCAGAUGAUACAGCAUGGCUUGAGAGGGGACAGGUGUUCUCUGCUCUCACCAAACUGGGCACAGCUAACGAGCUCCUGCUGCCUGUCGACCACAUCAAACUCCGUUUGUUAGAGCGGAUGCUAGAGUGUGCUGUGAGUGAUAAUCGGGAGUGUUCUGCAGCCGUGUUGCCCGAGCACACGGAAAACGCGGUGCGUCUACUGCACGUGGUGCAGGACUUCCUGCAGGCCGAGGGGCUGGUAAACCCAGCACUGUGGAGCGAGAGGUUGCUGGAGGAAACGGUCACGCUGAUGGAUGGCCUCAUGGUGUGGUACACUGCCGGAACACAGUGGCACCAGCUCUCGCAGCUCGGGCUGAGACUCUUGCUCGGGUUCAUGGCGCAGCCGGACCCUCAGGUGUGUGCCAUGGCAACAGCGAAACUGAACGGGAUCCUACAGAUGAAAACGGUGGAGUCUCAGGACGAGGCGUGUUUCCUGCUUGGCCGGGUCGAGUGCAUUCUUCAGCGCUCACUAGGUGAACACAAGGAGACGGACGGGAGACGGAAGGAGGAAGCGGUGGAUGGGAGAAGAAGGGAAGAGGAGACAUACGCGUUCCUGGUUCCUCUGCUCCGAACACUCCUCUCCAAAGUGAACAAGCUGUUAUACAUGGAGCUGCACCUCCCCUUGCUCCCAAACUGCAACGGAAGCCCGUCAUUCUUUGAGGACUUCCAGCUCUACUGCAGCUCACCUGAAUGGAGGGUGUACCUGGACAAAUAUAUCAUCCCGUACAUGAAGCAGUAUGAGAUCGAGACCUUCAGUCAGGGGCAUGAAAACAUGGCUCUGUAUUUUAAGGAUUGUUACGAGGCCUUUAUGAUGAACUUGCACCGUCGCGAAAGGGAAAGAGGCGAGAGCAAGAUUCGAUUUCAGGACCAGUUUGUGGAGCCAUUUAACCGGCGAGCUCGUCAGGAGAACCUGAGGUACAACAGUAUGCUGAAGCAGAUGCACACGCAGAACAGUGCCAUCCUCAGGCAGUGGAAGGCAGCACGGCGAUCCCUCCUGUGUGACAGAGGACCCUGGGCUAACAGGCAGCAGAAGGAGAUGCACUGGAAAUUGUCAAGUGCAGAGAAUUACUCCCGUAUGCGUCUGAAGCUGGUGAGGAACUACACCUUCGACCCUCACAGAGAAGCUAGCGCUCUGAGAGACAAUCUGGGUGUGCAGCAUAAGCAGGUGAACACGGAGUCUUUGUUGCUUGAAGCUGUGAAGCAGGUGAAGGUCAGCGACCUCGAGGAUGAAAUCCUAGAGCUGCCGGAGGAGGACCCAAGUGGGAACACACAGGCAGAUGAUGAAGAUGCAGGACAGAAGGAGAAGCUGGUGAUGAUGGAGGACUGUGAGCUGGUCACUGUGGUGGAUGUUUAUCCAGGUCGCCUGGAGAUCACCAACCAGCACAUUUACUUCUAUGACAGCAGCACGGAGAAAGAGGAGGGUGUGGGACAGGAUUUUAAAUGGCCGCUGUCUCAGAUCAGAGAGAUUCACCUGCGCAGGUACAAUCUUCGUCGCUCAGCCCUGGAGAUCUUCCUGGUUGAUCAGACAAACUACUUCCUCAACUUCAACAAGGAGGUGCGUAAUAAAGUCUACAACCGGAUGCUGCUGCUCUGCUCUCUCUCUCUCCACGGCACUCGUUCACCCCAAGAGCUCCUCAAGGCCUCCGGACUCACCCAGAAAUGGGUGAACAGGGACAUCUCUAACUUUGAAUACUUGAUGCAGUUGAACACCAUCGCAGGCAGAACCUAUAACGAUCUGGCUCAGUAUCCUGUGUUCCCAUGGAUUCUGUCAGAUUACAAGUCAGAUGAGCUGGACCUGUCCGACCCGCGAGUGUUCCGCGACCUCUCCAAACCCGUCGCUGUGCUUAACGAGAAAAACGCCAAAGCGGUAAAAGAAAAGUAUGAGAGUUUUGAGGACCCCACAGGAACUAUAGACCGCUUCCACUAUGGCACUCAUUAUUCAAACGCUGCAGGAGUGAUGCACUACCUCAUUCGAGUCGAGCCCUUCACCUCCCUGCACAUCCAACUGCAAAGCGGAAGGUUUGACUGUGCAGACAGACAGUUUCACUCUAUCCCAGCCACAUGGCAGACGCUCAUGGACAACCCCAACGACGUCAAAGAGCUCAUCCCUGAGUUCUUCUACUUCCCAGAGCUCCUGGAGAAUCAGAACGGCUUUGACCUGGGUCGUCUGCAAAUCUCCAAGGAGCGUGUGAACGACGUCAUUUUGCCAAAAUGGGCCAAAUCUCCUGAGGACUUUAUUUACAAGCAUCGCAAAGCUCUAGAAUCGGAAUAUGUCUCCAUCCACCUCCACGAGUGGAUCGAUCUGAUAUUCGGUUAUAAGCAGAGAGGUCCAGCUGCAGUGGAGGCCCUCAACGUCUUCUACUACUGCACAUAUGAAGGUGCUGUUGAUCUGGACGCCAUCACAGAUGAGAAAGAGAGGAAAGCUGUGGAGGGGAUGAUCAGCAACUUCGGACAGACACCAUGUCAGCUGUUAAAGGAGCCUCAUCCAGUCCGUCUCUCUCUGGAGGAACUGGAGAAGAGGAAAUCUCGUCUUGACACGUGUCCACUUAACAUCUUCGAACAUCUCACCGAUCUCAAGUCGUUCUUCAUCGAGGGGAUCAGUGAUAAUGUCUCCCUGGUGAAAGCAGUGGUCCCAAAGAACCAGUCACACUCGUUCAUUUCUCAGGGCAGCCCAGAUACGCUGGUGACCGUGAGUUACAACUGCAUUAUAGGAACUCACGGCUGGCUCCCUUACGACAAAACCAUCUCCAACUACUUCACCUUCAUCAAAGACCCCACUGUGGCCAAUCAGAAGACCCAGAGGUUCGUGGCAGGGCCGUUCUCCCCAGAUGUGGACGUCUCUACUAAGCUGUUUGUUGUGUCUCAUGAUGGAAAGCUUCUGUUUAGUGGAGGCCACUGGGACAACAGUCUCCGAGUCACAUCGCUGCUGAAGGGGAGGACAAUAGCGCAGCACAUCCGCCACAUGGAUGUGAUAACCUGCUUGGCCACGGAUCACUGUGGGCUUCACCUGAUCACCGGCUCCAGAGACACCACCUGCAUGGUGUGGCAGGUGCUGCAGCAGGGUGGGGCUCCAGUUGGUCUGGGCCCUAAACCAGUGCAGGUGCUGUAUGGGCACACAGAUGAAGUAAUAUGUGUGUGCAUCAGCUCAGAGUUGGACAUGGCUGUUUCAGGAGCACGGGACGGCACAGUGAUGAUCCACACAGUGAGGAGAGGACAGUACCUGCACUCUCUGCGUCCCCCGAGUGAGAGCUCUCUGCCUGUAUGUAUCACACACCUGGCCAUGUCCUGGGAGGGUCAUGUGGUGGUACACACCUGUGUGGAGGGCAAGGCCACACUGAAGGAUAAGAACACACUGCACCUGUACUCAGUGAACGGGAAACACUUGUGCAGCGAGUCACUGAAGGAGCAGGUGACAGAUGUGUGUGUGUCAGGAGAGUUCAUCAUCACCGGCAGCGAGCAGGGCUUUCUCUCCAUUAGAGACCUGUACAGCUUGGUGCUGUGUGUGUGUCCGGUGGCGAUGCGUGUGCCGAUCCGGUGUGUGUCGGUGCCGAAGGAGCAGUCUCACGUGUUGGUGGGGCUUCAGGACGGAAAACUGAUCGUGGUGGGAGUUGGCAAACCAGCCGAGAUGCGUUCAGGUCAGAUCACACGGAAGCUCUGGGGCUCCAGCAAACGCAUGAAUCAGAUUUCAUCCGGAGAGACCGAAUAUCCCACCCAGGAGCCGAUCUGACUCCGCCCACCACCCAGCCAUUCACCAAUCGGGACGGAGUGAGGAAGGAAGUGUAGUGUGUACAUGGUGUGUCUUGCGGACUUCGGCGAGUGUGUUGGACUGGCGCGGGCGCUGAGGUCCAGCUGAGUGUGUCGGAUUCGAUUAACACCCCUAGUCACAUCAACACACACGCGCUAACACCUGUAACACCACUGCAACACUGUGUGUGUGUGUGUGUGUGUGUGUGUGUGUGUGUGUGUGUGUGUGUGUGUGUGUGUGUGUGUGUGUGAAAAAAGUUCCAUUUCUUUUCAGUGGCCUUGUAUCUUUUUGCCUUUUAUUUCUUCUAUCUCUCUCUCUCACACACACACACAAACACACUCACAACACAACACACAAAUGCAUCAUAUGCACCCAUAGGAAGGCUAUUCAAUGUGUGUGUGUGAGAGAGAGAGAGAGAGAGAGAGACUGUCUGAAUGUGUUUUGUUUUGCGAUUUAUUACUUGAAUUCUGCAUUAUUUAUUAAAAUGAAGGUGAAUCAGUGAUUUUUAACACUUCAGUGAUGAAGGGCUUCAUAACUCUAGUCAUAACUCUAAGGAGCAAAGCAAUACAACCCCCCUAACUCUACCCCUUACUAAAGACCGAUAACGGUACAUUCCAUUCUGUAACGCAGCGACGGACCAAUCGUCCGAGUCUUCCCGUGAUACAGCAUGAGAACUGCCGCGUACACACUGUACACACCUUGGGGGCGACGCCAUCCGUCUCUAUUCCAGUGUGAAGCCAUGCACUCCCAGUUUGUUUACUAUGCAGGAUGGCGUAUCUCCACACACACACGCUCAGUUACUGAACUGGUGAAGUGUGUGUGUGUGUCUGUGUGUGUGUGUCUGUGUGUGUGUGUCUGUGUGUGUGUCUGUGUGUGUGUCUGUGUGUGUGUCUGUGUGUGUGUGUGUGUGUGUGUGAAAUUCCCUCCUUAACUCUAGGAUUGAGCUCACUUAUUAUUAGAGACAUAGAGACACACUGAUUCUUUUUUUUUCUUCUCUCGAUUCUCUUCCUUGUUGUUCACUCUCGCUCGUUUGCGACUCCACACGCAAAACAUUCAGGACAACAUUCACUCACGUCUCCAGUCGACACGAAUAAAUACCACAAAGCUGUUAAAUUCUCUAACCCCGAUUAGCCGGAAGGUGUAAUACGUUACCGUUUCUAUAGCAACAAGGUACACGGAGACGUCUACCGCGGUCGCUGACGAGUCAGUGACGAGGUAACGUUUUCUCUAAGAUGAUGUUUGUUUAAGAUUUAUUGAAGGCACAUGACCAGAGGCACAUGACCAGAGAGCCAUAACGUGACCAGAGGGCCAUAACGUGACCAGAGAGCCAUAACGUGACCAGCGAGCGGCCGACCAGGAAAGAGAAGAGAUGUUCAUUUCUGUUUCUGUUCAGUUACACAACAUUAGUGUAGCUAUAAAUGAAUAAAAAGUACGACACGGUCCUGUAAUUGUCAGCACAGUGAAAUACAAACACUUCAGGAACACACUGGUGAUUAGUUUCCAGUUCCUCGUACCACUACAUUAUUUUUUUUUUUCUUGACUAAAAUACUCUUUGUUUAAUUAACAGCAACAAAAUUCUAAAGUCUAAUAAAUUCGCAUGUCUAAAAAUAGUUUUUAGCCUUGCAGCCAGACACCAGAUAUGUUUUUGUGACCGAUCUCAUGGAGAACGAUGUGACCGCACACUUUUCUGUAGAUUUGUAAACUAACAAGCAACUUAUUUUUGUAGAAAUUCUAAUAACUGUGGAAUUUUUUAUUUUUUUUUUUUUUUUUUUAAUAAAAGAGUUUUUAAGCAGGUCUUAAAGUUGAAAUAUUAAAGGUAGUUAUUUGCAAACAUGGGAAAGUGUAUAACAUUAACAUUAAAAACAAAUAAAACAAAAUUUCGGAAAUGUUUUGGAAGAAUUCAGGACAAUUUCUGAGUCGAAAUUAAAACGCUUUCACUUUAGCACUUUACAUGUCGUUCAGCUGGAGGGAUUCGCUGCAUGACUUUGUGUUUCUCUUUGUUAAAACUUUCAUGUAGUAAUGAGUAAAAACUGAAGGGGGAAAAAAAAUCAGAGGGUUUUAAAUUUUAUUAUUUAAAAUUGCACAUCAUUCGACUUUCAGCGGAUUAAAACGGAUCGUCCGUGUGGACGAACAGCACGAGUUAAAAGCAGGAACGUUGAUGAAAUAUAAUAAAAAUAAAUAAAUAAAUCAUGAUGAAUUGAAAAGAAAAACCCAAAACAAAUGAAAUAAAAGAAAUCUUUCUCACAGAAACAGUUCAUAUUUUGGUCUUAACAUAUUUAUUGUUAAUAAUUUAUCAUUUUCCGGACAAAACAUGGAACGUUUCAUUUUUAUAUUCAUCUUUAAUCUAGUUUUAAAAAUGUGUUCACUGGAGUCUGAAACCAAAAAAGAAAGAAAGAAAGAAAGAGAGAAAGAGAGAAAUCUAUAUUUGUAUUUCAUUUUGUGGAUAAAGUUUGUCAAAGUGUUCUAGAGUGAAAAACAAUUGAGGAAUCGGAUUUCUUAACUCGGCUUUUUAAAAUAAACCACAGAAAGUUUGGAACCGGAUUUUGUAUCACGACGGAUUUUCCGUCUCGUCUUUUCUAAGCGUCUGAUAUUUCUGUCGUCUCAUCCAGCCUUAACGUUUACACGCUGUUCAGAAAACAUUCAUAUCUUAGGUAUCGUGUGAGGGGUUUUUUCUUGGGGGAGUGUGUGUAUGUGUGUUGGGGGGGGGGGGGCAUUGUCAUCGGUGUGUCUCUAUUCUCUCUGAUCAGACCCUGUUCAAUGCCAAAUGCUGGAGUGAUGAUGUCAGCGAGGGUGUGGUGCUCUGCCGUGUGCUUCCUGUGCGAUGGGGUGACGUCGUGCUCGCCCCGGGUCAAUAGGGCACGUCCCAAACGAUAUCCUUCCACCCUAAUUGUAGUGUUAAUGUACGUCAUCUCACAUCACGUGAUCGUCUGAAGUGUCCUGAAGCCCAGAUUCAUAACGCAUUAUAACGGCUUAUAAAUGUAAACGAUGUGUUAAUGCCUUUUCGGAACACAGUCUGCCAAGGUCGUGUGUAUAAUAAACCCUGGACAUGCUCAUAAUCGUGUUAUAAUGCUCUCAUAAGGAAAAAUGCACUGUGUAUUACAAUUUAUUAGACUUUAUAGAGCUUUAUCGUGCAUUGGACAGCCAUAACAUGACGCAUUAUAAGCAGCUUUCCAAAGGUUUGGUUUGUGCAUUAUGAGAAUAUAUAAUGUGUUAUAAAGUGUUUGUUGUCAGGCAUAAUUCCGUGUGUAAUACUUUAUGAGUGCAUUAUAACACGAAAGGAUGAGGUAAAUAUGGCUUUCAUAGGAAGUGCUACUGUGUUUUGUGACUCUUCAUAACCCUGCUCGAGCACGUUAGAACCCAGGGUUGUGUGCUGUAAAGGGUUUAGUGUUAUUACUGAGUUUGUAUUAACAGUUAUAAAAUCCUUAUUAACCUUUAAACUGAAAAUAUCAGCAUUCUUUUAGAAAACAAUGUAAUAAGUCCUGUAAUAAGUAAUGUUUACUCUGUCUGUUUAUACACACUAGGUAUUUAUUUACUAGGUAUUUAUUUACACCUUUUUUUAGAUGUGGAGGUGUGUGAUUAUUUAAAUAAAUGUAGGCCGGACACGUGUGCUUAACCAAGGAGAGACAGGUGACCUGUGUGUGAGAGUAAAAGUGUAAAAGUGUUUGUGUGAGAGUGUGUGUGAGAGUGUGUGUGUGAGUGUCUGUGAAUGUGUGUAUGUCAGUGUGUGUGUGUGAGCGUGUUUGUGAAUGUGUGAGUGUGUGCAUGAGUGUUUGAGAAUGUUUGAGUGUGUUUGUGAAUGUGUGUUUGAGAGUGUGUGUGUGUGUGUGUGUGAAUGUGUGUGCGAGUGUGUUUGUGUGUUUGUGAAUGUGUGUGUGAGAGUGUUUGUGAAUGUGUGUGAGAGUGUUUGUGAAUGUGUGUGUGAGAGUGUGAACGUGUGUAUGUGAGUGUGUGUGUGUAUCUGAGUGAGUGUGUGUGUGAGAGUGUUUGAGAAUGUUUGUGUGUGUGAGAGUGUUUGUGUGUGUGAGUGAAUGUGUGUGUGUGUGUGAGUGAAUGUGUGUGUGUGUGUGAGUGAAUGUGUGUGUGAGUGUGAAUGUGUGUGUGAGAGUGUUUGUGAAUGUGUGUGAGUGUGUGUGUGAGUGAGUGUGUGUGAGUGUGUAUGUGAGUGAGUGUGUGUGUGAGAGUGUUUGUGAAUGUGUGUGAGUGUGUGUAUGUAUGUGAGUGAGUGUGUGUGUGUGAGAGUGUAUGUGUUACUAACAUUACUGUAGGUUUCUUUACAGGACUAUAAGUGUAGUUCACGAUGCCUCUGUCUCUCCAGAAAAACAAACAAUUUGUGAUAAUUUCGUUAGAACAGCUUUUUGUUUAUUUAUUUAUAAUAUUUAUUUAUUUAUGAAUAGUAACAUUCUAAUUCCACAGCAAGGCUCUUGAGUGAGAGAAUAAAUGUUUCUGAAUACGUUCUUGUUUCUAUAGUAACAGCUCACUCAGGGCCUCGUACACCAGGCGCUCUACAUUUACUUUAAUCACAGAGCAUUAAAUGUAACUGGGUAAAAAAUUCCAAGCGUCUUUUGGUAAUAAAUCACAAAUUGCAGCGUCGUAAGAGGAAUAAAACACUUGUAUAGGACAAUGAUCUACGUCAGGGUCGGUCAAUGGGACCGUUUCAUUACCCCACGUUUGUUUUAGUUUAUUUUUGAUAAACAGCACAAGCUUUACAUAUUCUAGCUUUAUAAGCCUUUAUUAGCGUUCAUAACAACGACUCAGCUAUGGGUUUGGGCUUCAUCUUCACUGAUGUGUGUGUGUGUGUGCAGCAUGUUACCAGCAUUCGAGCGUUUGGGACGUGGCCCUUGGGCUGUGUGUUCUUUUCUUUUUUUUUUUCUUCCUGUAACCUGCUCGGUUGAAGUGCUUCCUGUUUCUGUAUUCGAGCUGCAAAUGGAGAUUAAGCUAAUAAACACUACAAGACCAGUCAUCGUAAGCAACUUUUUAGACACCAUUUUUUUUUAAAACGGUGAAAGUUCUUCCUUACACUUGAGUCUUUUGAAUAAUGUUGUUGUUGUUUAUUAGUUUUUCUUUUCUUUAUAAUUCCUUUCUUUUUAUUAUGAAAAUGGAGUGCCUUUUAAAUUCCCAGAUAUCCUCUCGUGAUUUUAGAGCCAUGUCCUGCUCGUGACCUUUCACCUACUGCAGCAUUCCACAAAGUUAAAAAAAAAAAGUAAAAAAAAAUAAAAAUCUAUUUAACAAAACCAAUUUAAUCAUAUCAGACCUGUGAUUUAACUGUCACCAAUGGUUGUGUGUGUAAGUGUGUGUGUAUAUCUGUGCUUAUUUAUAUAUAUACUGUAUGUACAGCAUGAUUUUUAUUCCCGCCGAAUUGUAAUUUUUUUUUUUUUUUUUUUUUUUGCACUUUCCAGGUACGAUCGGUUGUGAGAGAGAGUUUUGAAAUGAAUGUCUCCCUGUUCUGUACAGAUUUGAAAAAAAUAUGCUUUGUAUACACACUCGGAAAAUGAUUAUUAAAGUUGUGUUGAAAGUC